ACAACGCCGUGUCUGGUCUGUAGCACGAGGUCACGAAGUCCCAACACAAGUUAGUAAUCAACGCAGGGAUCCAUAAGCGACAAGAGGGCACGACUGAAAGAUGGCUGCUUCAGGAGGGAAGGUCUUGACAUACGACACAAUCGCCGAAUGCGUCAAGGACUGCCAGUACGCUGUCCGCGGGGAGAUCUACCUUGCCGCAACCGAGCGCAUCAAGGCGGGCAAGGAGGUCAUCUUCACCAACGUGGGCAACCCCCACGGCCUGGGGCAGAAGCCCCUCACGUUCCUGCGUCAGGUGAUGGCCCUCGUCAUGGCUCCGUUUUUGCUCGAGGAUCCUCGCGUGAGCGACAUGUUCCCCGGUGACGCGAUCGCCAGAGCACGCGAAUACCUCGUCCACGUCAAGGGGGGCUUCGGCGCCUACAGCGACUCGAAGGGCAACCCUUACGUCCGGCAGGAGGUGUGCGAUUUUAUCGAGCGCCGCGAUGGCCACCGCACCAGCCCGGACAACAUUUUCCUCACCAACGGCGCUAGCGAAGCGGUGAGACUGGUCCUGCGUACCGCGAUCCGGGGCCCAAGCGACGGGGUUAUGGUGCCCGUGCCACAGUACCCGCUCUAUUCGGCGUCGGUAGCGCUUUACAGUGGCACUUUCGUCGGCUACAACCUCUGCGAGGCCAAGGGGUGGGGGCUUGACACGGCGUCGCUGAACAACGCGUUGAACGAGGCGAGGCGGAACGGGAUCACGCUCCGCGCUUUGGUGUUCAUCAACCCCGGUAACCCGACAGGCAACUGCCUUACCGUCGAGGACUUGCGGCAGCUCGUGCGAUUCGCGUACGACAACAGGCUGGUGCUUAUGGCGGACGAGGUGUAUCAGGAGAACAUCUACCAGAGCAAGACGCCCUUUACCUCCUGCAAAAAGGUGCUUGCCGAAAUGGGGUACCCAUACUCGAGCAGCGUGGAGCUGGUGUCCUUCCACACGGUUUCCAAAGGCGUGUACGGAGAGUGCGGGCUGAGGGGGGGCUACAUGGAGCUCACCAACAUCGAUCAAAGGGUGUCGGACGAGAUGUACAAGCUGUGCUCCAUCAACCUCUCUCCGAACGUGACGGGGCAGGUGGCCAUGGGUAUCAUGUGCAACCCCCCAAAGCCCGGGUCGGAAUCGUACGCUCUGCACAUGCGGGAGAAGGAGGUGCUGCUGCAGUCGCUCAUCCGAAGGGCGAGGUCCAUCGUGGACGCCUUUAACGGCUUGGACGGCGUCACCUGCGAGGAGACCGAGGGGGCUCUGUACGCCUUCCCCAAGAUCGACCUCCCCCGCGCAGCGAUCGACGCUGCGAAGGCCGCGGGCAAGGCCCCCGACGUGUUCUACUGCCUCGAGCUGCUCAAGGAGACCGGCCUGUCGUGUGUGCCGGGUUCAGGGUUCGGCCAGGCAGAAGGAACGUAUCACUUCCGCACGACUAUCCUGCCCGCAGAGGACACGUUCCAGUCCGUUGUGGACGGUUUCACGUCAUUCCACAGGGGCUUCAUGGCCAAGUACGGGGGCGGGGGCGGUGGAGGGCACUCAACGUGGCGCGCUCGCCUCUGAGCGUUGCAUGUACAUUUUACAAAGUAAACGGACGACAAGCAGUAGACCGCGGCUGGGCAUGCUGACCGGGCCAGCUUGGCUCCGCCCCUGUGCUGUUUACGUGGCACCGUUGCGCGGCCGGUUGUGGAUUUUCUGAGGCGGUUUGACUCGGACCACGACCACGGGGACGCAUUGGCACUUUCGAAGUGCGAGUUCGCGUUGCUCCCAGGCAGAGACCAGGCGUCGUCGUUUUGUGCCCGAGGCCUGGCUCAGCCUGGUGUGUAUGUGCUUGGUUCUCAAACUACCGGAGGGGUUCGUAAGUUCGCGCGUGCCGUUCUGAAGCCCCCUGCAGUUAGUAAAGAGUCGGAAACGACGCGGGAGGUCGAAUUGGCUUUGCGGCUCCGAUCCGUGCGUGUUUUGUAGCCUUUGAAGCCCUGCCGAUAGUGACGAUAGCGUCACAGCAUUCCCGUUGGUUUUGAACACAACAAAAUGGUUGGAUGGCACAUGUACAACUGAGCUGUGUGCAAUUUUGCUUGCGUGGAGUCGGAGCAAGCGAUAGCAAGGGUUGAGGGCUGGUGUCCAGCUGACCUCUCGUCAACACGAGAUGGCCCGCACAACAGGUGAUCGCAAAAGACGCGCCAAAUGUACCACGUGCAGUGUUAUGCAAAUCGUUUGUAGCAUGCCUGAUGCCACGUAUUUCCGAGGAUGGCAGCAGUAUGAGGAGGACUAAAGUGGGAGAGGUCUUGCAGUUCGAGCUACCCAAGUGGGUCCAGGCCCUCGACGUGGCAUAUGUAUGUUUCUUUUAGCUCACACCGCAACAGUCUCCCAACGUCUCCUCCAAACUUGGACGUCAAAAGUAUGCUCGGAUUCGGUUGUACCAUGUUUCCGCUGUGAUAAUGUUCUGAAGUCUGCAGGGGAAUCGAUUUCUCUUGCGACCAC